UUGAGGGGCGUUAGGUCGGCAUCCCUCUGGGGAGGUGAGGUUUCUCUUUUGUCUUCUCUCCGAGUUGGAUGGGAAAGUUCUAGACAACAUCCAAGCCGGGACGGGAUAUGAGGUGGAAAGAAUCAAGUUGCGACCGAGUGCUCACUCUAUCAAAAAAAGAUGCUAUGUCAACACUAAGGUGGUUUUCCACUGACCCUAUGGCUGAAGACAUCCUUCCUUGACUUCUAUCCGAAUACGGUCUAGUUCAUUCAGUGUUACCUCGUCAGGCUAACAAAUAUGGAGCUCUCCACCAGGACUUGGAGAAUAAUUUCAAUGGGCACUAAAGUUCUGGACUAGAAUUGUUCAGAAAGGUAGAUGGACUUUAAGGCAAUUGCCCAAAAAUCUGCUGAAGAGGUUUUAGCUUACAAUCAAGAUAUAUCUGACUGGAAAGUGGUCAAAUCUUCAAAAAAGGUAACUGUUUCCAGCAAGACCUCUAGAAAGUUCCUCGGAAAUCUAUAUCGUAUUGAAGGCGUAAUUCGAGAGUCAACAGCUAAGGUCUCCAAUUUCCUCUACCAACCUGAAAACAGAAUUACUUGGGAUAAAUCAUUGAAAGGAUACAAUGUGGUACACAAGAUUGAUUCGGACACAUAUAUAUGCCAUGCCAUGACACAAAGUUUUGCCAUGGGCUCAAUUUCCCCUAGAGACUUUGUCGACGUAGUCUGCAUCAAGCACUAUGAAGGGAAUAUCGACAUUAUCAGUACUAACAGUGUGGACUUCCCAGGAUAUCCUCCAUCUCCGCAUUAUAUCCGUGGUUAUAAUCAUCCUUCUGGCUAUGUGUGUUCACCUCUCAAAGAAAACCCAGCGUAUUCCAAGCUAGUGAUUUUUGUCCAGACAGAAAUGAGAGGAAAACUGCUUCCAUCGAUAAUUGAAAAAUCUAUGCCCUCCAACUUAGUGAGCUUCUUCCUCAAUGCAAAAGAUGGGAUAAAGGCACAUAAAAUUUCAUCCAUACGCGGACAUCACAAUGGGCACCCAUCAGUUACACCCAUCAGUAAAUAAAGCCAUCUGCCAUUAAACCAAAGAGAUUUCCUACCGCA